CAACAAACCUCUCUCUCUCUCUACAAGCUUCUACCCCAUCUCCCACUCUCUCUCUAACUUAAAACCUUCUCUCUCUCUCAUGAAAGCCCUCUAUUACUUCAUAGUCUUAUCAUCACCUCCUCUCUCUCUCUGUAUCAAAACCCACAGUUCUUUGUAAUCUUAUUAGCCACCAUCCUCUCUCUUAUGGCUCUGCAAGUCCCUCUCUCGCCCAAAACCAACCCUGCCUCUCUAUCGCCAUCGCCCCAACAUGGCCUUAGAGCACCAGCAAACGCCAUGGCCCUCAAGUCUUCUUUCUUUAACGGGGCCACUUCUAUAUCUCACUUUCUACCUCCCCAUGCUCAGAAACCUGCAACUUUAGCUUUGGCACCCAAAUUCAGUAUGAGGGUUUCCUCUAAACAGGCCUACAUUUGCCUAGACUGCGGGUACAUUUACAACGACAGGACCCCAUUUGAGAAGCUUCCUGAUAAGUUCCUCUGCCCAGUCUGUGGAGCUCCUAAGCGAAGAUUCAGGCCUUACGAGUUGUCGGUGGCAAAGAACCCAAAUGAUACAGACGUUCGCAAAGCUCGAAAGGCUCAGAUUAAGAGAGAUGAAGCUGUUGGGAGGGCAUUACCAGUGGGCAUUGUGAUUGGAGUAGUUGGUCUUGCUGGUUUAUACUUUUACCUCAACAACGCUUUCCAGUAAAAUAUGAGAGGCCAGGGCCAGACAACCUUUAUAUUUUUCUGCCAUAGAAAACAUUUCUUCAUUUUCUCUCUCUAAAAUCUCAGGUCGCUUUGCCAAUUUUGAAUUCUGAAGAAGCGUUCUUCAUUUCUUUUGCAUUUUCGAGGCUAUGUACGUACCUUUUCAUCUACUCUUUGGAGGCUAUGUACCUUUUAAUCUACUCGUGUUUAAACCGGAAUAUUUUCACACUAAUUUGCUGUUGUGAAAUCCUGUACAAGGAUAAAUUAGUGUGAAAAUAUUCCACAUCUAACCAUUAGUUAAUUCA